AUGGCGGUGAUCACCGCGCCGCCGCCGCAUCCUCCCCUUGCCGUAUUCGCCGCCGCGCCCUGCCACGGAGUGCGCUUCUGCCGCGCUCCACUCAUCCGCAUGGCGGCCUCCUCCUCAUCGUCUUCGCCUUCGUUUUCCUCGUCCUCCUCUUCCUCCUACGGAGGUGGUGGGGGCGGGGCCGGGGGAGGGGGCGAGAUCCACUACGUCUCGCCGCCUCCCCCGCCCUCCACGCCCUCCGGGGCGCCCGUGUACGUCACGCUUCCGGUUGACGCCGUGGGUGCAGGGGGGCGCGUGGCGAGGAGGCGGGCCAUGGCGGCUUCGCUCGCCGCGCUGGCGAGCGCCGGGGUGACAGGGGUCGCGGUGGAGCUGUGGUGGGGCGUCGUAGAGCGCGGGGGGCCUCGGGAGUACGACUGGGCGGGGUACCUCGACCUCGCCGCCAUGGCGAGGCGCUGCGGGCUCCGCGUGCGCGCCAUCCUCGCCUUCCACCAGUGCGGCGCCGGGCCACAAGACUCGUUCUGGGUCCCUCUUCCACAAUGGGUGCUUGAGGAGAUGGAGAAGAUGCCAGACUUGUCAUAUACUGAUAGAUAUAAACAGAGAAACAAGGAAUACAUCUCAUUGGGAUGUGACAUUCUUCCACUUCUGAAGGGAAGAUCACCUAUGCAAGCUUAUGCUGACUUCAUGAGGAGCUUCCGCGACAAUUUCAAGGAGUACCUUGGGGCCAUAGUGACGGAAGUUCAAGUUGGAAUGGGCCCAGGAGGUGAGCUUAGGUAUCCAUCAUGCCCAACCGAGAAGCUAAAUCAGCCAGACAGCUCAUCUGAACUUGGGGAAUUUCAAUGUUAUGACAAGUUCAUGCAAGCAUCACUGGGUGCUCAUGCGCGGAUUCUUGGGAUUCAAGAGUGGGGAAGUGGUGGUCCAGCUGGCAUAGAUAGCACGUGGCAGAAUCCUGAAGAGACAAACUUUUUCCGUGCCGAUGGAGGAUGCUGGAAUACCCCUUAUGGCCGAUUUUUCCUCGAGUGGUAUUCCGGAAUGCUUCUUCUCCAUGGAGAGAGGUUAUGCGCGGUCGCUGACGCCGUCUUUUCUGGCACCGGCGUGACCAUCUCGGGGAAGGUUUCCGGCAUACACUGGCACUACUACACAUGUUCACACCCAUCCGAGCUGACAGCCGGCUACUACAACACAUUGCUAAGAGACGGCUAUCUCCCCAUCGCCCAAAUGUUCUCUCGACACAGAGCUGCCCUGUGCUGUGGCUGUUUCGACCUGAGGGACGAGGAGAGAAGCGGUCCUCAGAGCAGCCCCGAAGGCACUCUCCGGCAACUGAUGGCUGCCGCUAAGGUAUGGAACCUACCUCUCAACGGCGAGAACUCCGCGGCGAGGCUGGACGAUGCGUCGCUGAGCCAGGUCGUCAGAAGCUCGAGGCGCUACUCGGGCGGCACCUCGGGCGCGUCUUUCUCCUUCAACUAUGUCAGGAUGAACAAGAGCCUGUUCGAGUCACACAACUGGAACCGGUUUACGAAGUUCGUCAGGAAGAUGUCGGAUGCCAGAACCUUUCUGGCUAGACUGAACUUCAGGAGACACCAAUGCCUGCCUUCAAUGUCAGUUGUUUGGGUUGCUAGCCAGGCCUAUGCAUACACAUGA